AAUUUCCCGAGACCCUAAAAAAGACGUUCGAGACCUAAGGUCAAAGCCGAGGCAGAGCCAGCAUUCAGCAAGGCCAGCAGCCAGCAACCAGGAGCCAGAAGGCCGAAAGCCCAGCCCCAUUUCCAUAGAAGACCUAACACCUAACACGGUGCUAUCCUCUACUCAACAUUAACCCGAGAAAAGACCCAAACUCGCGCGAUGCUGUCGCGCACAAACCCCGAGUUGCAGAGGCCUAGAGUUUGUAAUUGACACCGAGACAAUGAUGCAGGCCGUUGCUCAGUCUCAGAACGGACAGCAGCAAAACCACGUGUCGCUGCAAAGUAAACAGGAACCUGACAGCGACGACGGUAAUAACGCACUGCAGAGCGGGGACGAGAAUGAUCAAGACGACGAUCACGACAGCUCCGGCGCAGUGCGUAGCGGAAAACGCAAGAGACCGAUCUCAGUUUCCUGCGAAACGUGCAAACAGAGAAAGGUAAAAUGCGAUCGUGGACAGCCAUCAUGUGGUUGGUGCAGGCGGAACUCGGUCUUCUGCGAAUAUCGCGAACGCAAAAAGCCUGGGCUUAGAGCUGGCUAUGGAAGAGAGCUGGAACAGAGGCUCGACAAGCUCGAAGAGAUAUUGAGGUCUCAUUCCGAGAUUUUACAGAGUUCCUUCGUCAACCACGCUCACCAUAACGUCGCCCCGAGUGUGCGCAACAGUAACCCGAGCUUACCUAGCGACCACGGCACUCCGCGCGAACCUGCGCCGUUGUUUCGGCCUAACGAUUCUAUCAGGACCCCUCAGGCUGAGACUGCUCUGUUUUUACAGAAACCCUCGACGUUUCCUUCGUCGUCGCAGCAUGUGGAUUUCGGCAUACCAUCGUCGACUCCGUCUAUGCAUUCUAUGCAUGAUGGCUUCCAACCGCAGAUGCCAAUGGCCGGCAUCUCUCCUCCCAACCAACUAGGAAAUAACCUUCAGCCAGGCCCAGCAGCUCAGGAGUAUUAUAAUCAAGCCCAGCAGCAACAGCAGGUUCGGUCCCCGGCCCUGAACGGUCCCCAAGGCCAAACCGACCAAGACCUGCCUCCGUAUGAUCUGCUAUAUGCCCUAGUUGAUUUAUACUUCAAACAUAUCAAUACCUGGUGUCCUAUAUUACACAGAAAGACCACGUUAGACUCAUUGUUUGGGCCGUCUACAUUGGACGAUACUGACAAAGUACUUCUUCAUUCCAUCGUCGCUGCAACUUUGAGAUAUUCAACAGAUCCGCGGCUCACGGAAGAGAAAAGGAGGCAUUAUCAUGACGUCUCAAAACAGAGAGUCUUGCUCUAUGGCAUGGAGAACUCAUCCGUUAAGGCAUUACAGGCUCUGGUGAUCCUAGCAUUAGAUUUAUGUGGAAGUAGCAAUGGUCCACCGGGUUGGAAUAUCAUGGCUCUGAUCACUCGUUCUGUCGUUCAGUUGGGCUUAGCUGUUGAAAGUAAUUCGCUUUCCGUGUCGCCUAACUAUGCGUCGAUAUACACCCUGAGAGCUAUGGUCCUACCAGAGCCGAAAGAUUUUAUCGAAGAGGAGUCGAGGCGGAGACUGUUCUGGAUGAUAUACCUCCUAGACCGAUAUGCGAUGAUCGCUACCGCAUUCGACUUUGCACUCGGCGACAAGGAAAUCGACCGGACGCUGCCUUGUCGGGAUGACUUGUGGAUUAAGAAUCAAAAAGUUGAGACGAGAUGGUUUCACACUCAAGGUCGUUCAGACCACCCGGAUCAUGAUGUGAACAAACCGGAAAAUCUAGGGGCUUUUUCGUACUACAUCGAAAUACUUGGCAUACUUUCCAAGAUCCACGAGUUCCUAAAGCAACCUGUCGACAUCGGCGCAUUGGGCGACGUCGAGCAAUGGCAACUCCGAUACAAAGAACUUGAUAACCUUCUGGCGUCCUGGAAAUUCGGACUUCCCGGCGAGUAUGGUAACAUGGCUAAAUUGUUCCAACCUGGCGGUAGCAAGACGCUGAACUGCGGGUGGGUCAUGCUGCAUGCCACCUACCACACGGCUGUGAUUCGUUUGCAUUCGUCGGCGGCGUAUCCAACCACCCGGUCGCCCAUAUUCACCCCGUCUUACAGCGCCAGCCAACGUUGCCUCGGGGCUGUGGAAAAUAUUGCGGCCCUCGGUGAAUUUGUGGUACAGAAUGGCAUGCUGAACAAACUUGGCCCACCUUUCGCCUUCACAUUAUGGGUCGCUGCACGACUGCUGCUCGUUCACGGCUCAACAGUUGAACACAAGUUGGCGCCACAGAUUGCCUUCCUGGUAGAUACGCUCCGCGACAUGGGUAGAUACUGGCCCGUAGCGGGAAGAUAUUGCCAACUGCUCCAGAGGGUUCUUGACGAGCAUAGCGAUAGCGAGCGUGCCUCGGGCCAAACGGGAGAACGGAUUACGCCGUCGUCGGUGAAGAUUUUAGCAGACAUGAGGAGAACCGCGUUCGAUCUAGAUUUCUUGAUUAGUCGCCAACCCCGUGCUCUGGUCGGUGUGUCCAGCCGCCGACCAAGCGUGACUCCGGCACGAACUCCGGCGCCGAAUGAGUUAGAAUACCUUGAUGUCUUUGACUUCUUCAACGUACCACGGCUACCAUUCAGCCACGAGGCUUCUACGGCGCCACCAAACGCGAAUGAGAUGAAUGCAGAGAACACGAGGACGAACAACGAAAAUGGAAACGAGAACGGGAACGGGAACGGCAACAGUAACAGCAACGGCACCAUAAACGGUACCAAUGGAACAACAGCCAAUGAAUUUAAUAUCACAAAUUUCAUGGUCGAUGCGAAUAGCGACUGGCUCUUUAAGCAGCCGAAUUAAUUGUUUCUCUGUAACAUUGUGGCCAAUCUGGCCGUCGUUGUAUCUCUUGCGACACCUAGGGGAAUAUACUUGGUGCUUUACAAAAAGAUUUACCUACCUAGUAGUGAUGGUCAGGUGAGAAAGGAUCGCCUCG